AUUUUUAAAUUAAUGAUAAUUUUGUGUCAUUUGUGUUGAGCUAUGAUUGCGAGACGUAUUGGCACUCAAUCAGUGAUCCAUUCAAUCAAUCAGUGGUUUAGCACUCAAUACACGCUUUGAUUACGCGUUCAAAGCAUUCAAACGAUACACAAAUCCAGUUGAAGACCACUUUUGGACCACUUUUUGAUUUAUUUAUUGAUUGCGGUAUUCAUUACCCAAACAAGUGGUCAGUCGUAUGUCUUCGGGUGGCAUUCAAAACCUCAAAACAUUUGAUCCCUUCGCCGAUGUAAAUGCCGACGACAGUGGCGUUCAGGACGGGCUGAUCCACAUCCGCAUCCAACAGAGGAACGGUAGGAAGACUUUGACUACAGUUCAGGGAAUAUCAGACAAUUACGACAAGAAGAAGAUUGUCAAGGCAUGCAAGAAGGAGUUCGCGUGUAACGGGACAGUAGUAGAGCACCCGGAGUAUGGAGAAGUGAUUCAAUUACAGGGCGAUCAGCGGAACAACAUUUGCCAGUUCUUAACGAAAGUGCAAAUCGCGAAACCAGAACAACUCAAAGUCCACGGAUUCUGAGCCAACACUCAUCGCCCAAAACACAUCCAUUUCUGACAAUUUCCUCGAAACCCCUUUCCUUCCGAUUAUCCCUUUCCGAGUGUCUGUCCCACAGAUCACUCACGUUUGAUAUAUGCUCUUAAUAUUGAUGAUUAAAUUAAUAACAAAUUGUAUCGCAUUUUCUCUUAAUUAUAAUCAAAUGUAAAACAGUUUUUAAUACUAUAUUUCAAUAGUUUUUGUGACAAAACAAUAACUCAUUAACCGCUGAACCCGUUGUCUGUGUUCUCAACGUUUUGAUCCUUUUUUCUGAUUAAAUAUAAGAUAAUUGCGAAAAGUAUCGAAAUGUCUAUUGAAAUGGAUUUUAGUGUUAAUAAUAGGUUUUUGGUAUUAAAUUUUCGAUACUUAUAUGAUUCGUAUUAUAAAAAUAAAUAUUUCGAUUCACUUCUCUAUCAUUUAAAUUGAC